CGACGAUAUUCCCCAGCUUGUCGAUUCUCGAGCUAUGUAUGCCGGUGCGACACCAUAUCGCAGUCCGGGAGGCGAUGCCGCACCAGUAAUUCCAGGUGGCUUCGGGGCAGGAACUCCAGCGCGCCAGCAUCCGACGCCGGCCCUCAGCCAUCGUUCUCUUAGUCGAGGCAUCUCGCGCUCUUCGCCUGUAAAUCCUUAUAACCCUUGGCUUAAUGAAGCUGGAGCCGAACAAUUCUCGAUGCCUGCAGCAGCCGUUGACCAGGGAUUCGGAUCUCCUAGUGGGUGGAAUAUACCACAAGCAGGUGGAGUUAUGCAUCCAUGGGGUGCUGGACCUGCAGGUGCAGAACCUCCCAUGUUUAGCAUGCCAUCUCCGAGAGGUUCGUCAUGGAGCAUGGCACGGACUCAUGAGCAGGACCCAGGGGAAGGCGAGGAUGAUCUACCACCAGCACUUGAAUGGAGUCCAGGUGCAAAUGCGGCAUGGGAUCGGGCAUGGGGACAGUCUUCGCCUAACCAAUGGAAAUGGGAUGGGAAAUUGGAUGCAUGGGGCCAAUCCAAUGGAUCAAGCCCUUCUCCGUCAGCUUCGGUUAUCAAUGGGUUUGCAUCAGGCCCACGAUCGCAAUAUAAACGUCCCGAAGACUGGAGGCAGGGUUUUAGUAUGUCGAAACCCGGCGCAUUAACCCGUGUCUUCUCGAUCGGGAAAGGAAAGAAUGGUAGUGGAUUCUCAUUAUUUAACAAACCCUCCGUACAUUGGACACUCGAUGUUCAGAAGGCGCGAUGUACAUGGGACGUUCGUAAACCUCCAGGCCACUUUCUUGUCCUACCUGACCAUCGGCCACUCUCGUAUCUCGAACUUCAAGAAGGAGCGAUGUCACCUCCUCCACUACGCAUGAAACUCGUACACCCAAAGCUACCUUGGACAAUUCACGUCGCUGCUGGGCCCGGAGAAGUUAUUACCGUCGCCCAUUUACUUGCUACCGUCCAUGCCGAGCUGAAUCGACAAAUAUUUCAACAAGACUUUUGGAACGAUGACCUUAGUGAGCAUGAUAGGAAGCGGGUACACGACGCAUGGUCGUCAAGGAGCGGUGGAGAUCGUGCGAUUGCAGAACAGGGAAUUAAACGUGUGGACUUCUUGUGCGAUCGGUAUGUGUUUGAAGGUAUAAAACGCGUGGGUGAAGUAUGGGAGAUGAAGUUGAAGUCAGGAAGGAGGUAUAUGUAAUUUCAAAAACCCAUGGUCUCUUUGUUAUCUGGGACAUCUUGAACGGUAGAGGAAAUAUGUCCCCACCACGUCCCACCUUUUCUUUUCUCGUACUCUUAUCUUUUCCUUCUUUUUCUUGUCUUCUGUGUCAAUUUUCUUGCUCUGUGGUCAAUUAUGUCGGCCCAAUUCCUGUAUUUGUCUCGUCUCGCAAAAUUCCUCUAUUAUUCUUCCCCGCGCAGUCCAUCAAACUCUGUACCCAAGUAGAUCAUAAACUGUUUUCAUAUCGG